AUGCCAGAUCGCCGCAUCCGGCUGCUACUGGCCGACCCGCUGUCCUGCAAUCCGCGGAAUGCACGCUAUGGCCAGCUGCAUGCCGCGGGGCCCGGGGGUGAGGUCUCGGCGCUGCACCCGGCCAUCUCCGCGCGGGGAGAGGAUGUGUCGGAGGCAGCCCUGCUGCAGCUGCUCAGCGGGCAGAGCUCCUACGCCAAGAGCGCAGACAGCCUGCUGGGCCUGCAUGUUGUCGACGAGUUCAGCCAUGCCAUGGGGCAGCGGCUGGGGGAGCCGGGGGCUGCUUCCAAGACGCUGCAUGACCUCCUGGCCAACCUGCAAUCGGAUGUCAAGCUGUCCACCGUGUCUUCCAUGAGCACGGGCGGCGACGCACUGCUGAAGAACCUGACAGUUGGUGAUUUUUUUGCUUGA